GUCUCAUUUUGGGUGAGUCAGCGUUAUAAGCUCAUAUGAUACAAAUUUUGAUGACUCAUUUCACUACACGUUGUCCAGCCAAGAAAGCGUGUGUUUUCUUGCAUCCAAACAUCAAAACAUUUGACCUAGUGUUACUACAAUCUGAAACUGAACCCAGAACAGCAACAGUGAGUGUUUACGAUUAGUUUUGCAGCUUUUAAAAUCUUAUUCUUUUUCAAUGUGCGAAGUUGUGUUUAUGUUUACUUGAGUUAUGGAAACAACAUUUUACGACGAUUCAAUGUCUCGACUUGGAAAAAAUGAUAAUCAGGCUCUUAAGCGUCCCGUAACACUGAACCUGGAAUCUCCGGGCAGUGCAGCGAAAAGGACUCGAUUCGAUCCUAUAUUGACGUCCCCGGAUCUUAAGAUGCUGCAACUUGCCUCCCCUGAACUGGAGCGAUUGAUAAUCAGCAACUCCAACUUCUCUGCCUCUACACCAACUCCAACUUCAUUCUUUUUCCCCAAGAAUGUGACUGAGGAACAAGAACAGUAUGCCAGAGGAUUUAUUGAUGCGUUGAAUCAGCUGCGUCAGCCUUCUUUAGAAAUAAACAAUAACUUUCUUCAUAAUUUUAGAACAGGUCUGACACCAGUUUCCUCUAAUGCCCCUGAUAUUGUUAUCACAUCUACUACUGCACCAGUUUCCACUAGUGCAGGCAAACUGUACAACAGUGUACUGCCUUUCACUAUCCAAUCUGCGCCAAUAUCAUCACCAACAAGUGUUAUCAAAUCUUUAGGAAAUGCCAAAAGUAUAGUAAAUGCAGUGCGACCACCCUCUGUUGAUAAUUUUAGUAGCAACAGUUGCAGUAGCAGCAGUAUGCCUGUGCCAUUAGAAAUAAACAUCAAGGAAGAGUUGCAAACUGUACCGAGUGACUAUUCGAGCCCUCCUAUGUCACCUCUAUACAAAGCUCCCAUAGACAUGGAGGAUCAGGAGCGCAUCAAAUUAGAGCGGAAACGCCAGCGAAACCGAGUAGCUGCCAGCAAAUGCCGUAAGCGCAAGUUGGAGAGAAUUUCGCAACUCGAACUAAAAGUUAAAGAGUUGAAAGGCGAGAACUCCAAGUUGGAAAUGGUUGCGAAAAAAUUACGAGGAGAAGUGUGUAAUGUAAAGCAAAUCAUGAUGGAACAUGUUACGCAUGGCUGCAGCAUACAAGUUCCAAAAUCUUAUUUAAGUUAAUUGCAGUGCCUUUCAUCAUUUUUCUUAUUCAGUGCAUUCGAUAAAUCAGUGACAAUUAAUGCUUCAUUUCACGUUUUCGGACAAUCAAUAUUUUGUCAACAAUCAUUCUGUAAGCGGCUCUGAAUAUCACUGCAUUGUGUGCUCUAUGGCAGCCUUUACCAUCACAUUGCAUGCUUUGUGAAAUUCAAUGACUAGAAAUUUUAUUGUACUGUGUCUCCUGUUAAAUUCAGUGACGCCAAUUAUCGUGGCAUUCGUUGGCAAUAAACUUCAUUACAUGUGGCGUUAAAGCACUGUAGACAAUAUAAACUGUUUCGUUUCUCACCAUUUGCUUACAUCUCUUUUUCUAUCAAAAGUUGAUCGUAUCAAUUCCAUGUUUUUAGAACUUCUUUGUAAAUAAUGUGUUACUUAUAUAAUAUUAAUAAGUUCUACAUUAUCUUAUAAAAGAAUAGUUAAAGCAUCAAUUAUUAAUGUUAAAGAUUUACUAAAUUUUUCAUAGACAAUAUUUAUUAUCGUAAUAAUUUAAAAUUAAAACGAGAAAUUGUGUAAAAGCUGUUUAAAAUUAAAUGUUUUCACUACUAUUUAUUACAAAGAGGAAAGUGUAAUAAAUAAAAAGUUUAAAUUUAUAGCUCUUAAAAUCAUGCAUUAAUGAAGGAACUUUUUAAUAUGAUCAAGUAAAAUAAUGAAAAGUGAUUUAUUGAAUUCAUUAUUUCAUAAAUUUUUAUUUUAUUAUUUGUUACUAGAUUCUGUUUGAAGUAUGAAUGAAAAAGUUACAGUAAACUUAAAACAUUCAAAUUUUUAAUUGCCAUUUUUUGCAUUCUUGCUGGUUGAGAAAUGUCCAAAUUAAAUUGUAUAUGUGGGCUAUAAAUUUAUCGAAAUGUUAUGAAAAAUAUAUGUGUUAUUACAUAAUUGUUAAGUUUUUGCUCUAGGCAAUCCAAACACAAAAUUGUGCAUAACGGAAACAUGGCACGCUAUUAAAAAUUUGGUGUAACAAAAAAUUAUAUCACAAUGUUAAAGUAAAGAUACAUAGAUUUUGAGGUACUUAUAGGUAUUAGGAACUGUGUUUGUGUUUGUAAUUGCAUUUCUAAGUUUUGGCCAACAUAAGCAUUGCUAUGUAUGUACAAACACGCAUAUAUAUAUGUAUGGUAUAUAUAUAUAUAUACAGUAUAUAUAUACAUACACACUGUAUAUAUACACAAUAUGUAUGUAUAUAUAUAUAUAUCCUAUAUGAUGGCAUAAGAAACUUUCCGUCAUGGUUCCUAUAACCUGUAAUCACCAAUUUAAAUUUACCAGGUCAAUUGUGUUACGUUAGUUGUCAUUUUAUAAAAGCCCUGAAGUUUCGGUAUUUUAAUAUUAUUUUGAAGGUCGUAAAAAUUUUUUUGUUGUAAAUAGUGAAAAUUUUAGUUUAUUGAUAUUUUAAUUCAUAUUUUUAAUAAUAUUUUUUGUUUAAUUUUUCAAUUUUAUAUCAAUGUGACGAGAUUUAAUAAGUUAUAUGUUGUUACUAUAGCGAAGUAUUUAAUUUUUCAAAAGUUAACUAGAUAUUAACUGUGAUUCCUGAAUUAAAUAAUUAAUAAAUUAAAGCUACAAUGUUGAAUUUGAGAUAUAAUAGUUGAAAUAAAGUGAUUCAUUAAGUUAUCAAUAUUUUAAGACGCUAAAAUAUAAAGCACUAUUAACAUUAGUUUUAUUCUACCUGAAUGUACUUUCCGCUUAAGAGAAACAUUUCUGUAUCUGUUUGAACAUUUUUAUUUGCUUGAAUACUUUUAACACUUACACUUAAAUUUUUUGAACAAUUACACACUUAUCAUUCUAUUAAUGUUUUUAAAAAUUUAGGCCACGUCUUUGAGCAGUGUUAAAAAAAAAACAAAUAUUGACAGUUAUAUUGAAAUUUACAAAUUUUUUGUUAGUGUCAUUCUUUCUGCAACUAUCUUCAUAAUUAUUUUACUGCCAUAAUUUCAUCAUAUUAUUUUAAAGAAUUUUUUUUUUUGAAAAGUGAUUAAAAUUUCUGUAACAAGAUAUCUGUAAUUUAUUAUUAACUUUUGUGUUAAUUAUAUUUGAUAAUCAAAUUUGAACAUUUUUUUUUUAACAGUUCCAUAAGCCUUAAUAAUCUUGAAUAAUCUUUUCAAAUUUUACACAUUUUAUCAUAUUUCCUUUCAAUGUAAUUUAUUGUUGUCUCAUGAUGGUAAUAAAACGAAAGGAAGAAAAAGUAUUUUUCUAUAAUUAAUCUGUAAUAUUGAGUCUAUAAAUGGAGGAUUUUGUAUAAAUUUGUAGAAGCUGUGAUAAUGCAUUUGUUUUUAUUAAAGGUAAUUUUUCUAAGUUACCUUGCUAAUCUUCUUUUACUGCUCAAAUUUUUAUAGAUUAUGUCAUUUGUAUUUACUUUUGUAAGCAGUGAGAAGUUAAUGUAUUAUAUUUUGUACAGUCUUAGAUGCAUCUUGUAUAUAAUAAAUGGAAUUCUUUUAAGUACAAA